CGGUAUCCAGGGUUUCGCCCCGACUAAUUCGAUCUCGACCCGCGUCGCGCACUUAGAAAUGGUGAGUGAAUCUUUCAAUGGAGGCUGCUGCGUACACAGAUCUCGAACUCAAGACUUUACUUAAGUUAGAACAAGCCGCUUACCACUUAAUCCAAUCCCUCGUUGGGGGAACGUUUGCGCUGUACUCGCUGAUCUGCCGAUAUGCGAAGGUGGGGUUAAUCCCCAGCGAGCAAGCGGAAGACAGUGACGUCUCCACUUUCAAGCUUGAAUUACCCAGCCAUCGCCUCCGUCGAGCUUCCUUCCUCAAGUCCAAACUAGAGAAGAGCAAAUUCGCUAAACUUUUUCUUCUCUUCGCCACCAUGCUCGGCACUUCCAUGGUCAUCGGCGACGGCAUCCUCACCCCCUCCAUGUCCGGUAAUUUCCCAUUUCUAAUGACAGUAACAAAUUUCUGCUUUUAGAUUCGAUCCUUG